AUGACAAUCACUGUCGGUGUGAUCGGUGCGACCGGCACAGCAGGCGGGAUGGUGGUUGAAGGCCUACUCUCUUCACUGACAGCUUUCGUAAGUCAACUAGUCCGCGAAAUGAACUCCCAGAUAGCAUCUACUGACCGGUUACACAUGCGGUCUCCUGCCAACCGCCGACUGGAGGAGAAGGGCGUUCAAAUAGUUGGGUAUGAAUUGAACGGUCCUCGAGAAAGACUAGUGGAGCUGCUAAAGGAGGUUGAUGUCCUCAUAUCUUGCAUUGCAUGGGAACAUCUCCAUCUCCAAAUUCCUUUCAUUGAGGCCGCUAAGGCAGCCGGUGUGAAACGUUUCGUCCCGUCGGAAUGGGUUGGACCGGCCCCUAAAGGGGUUAUAGAUAUCAAAGAUAAGAAACUCGACAUUCUCGGAGUGAUCCAACGAAACCGUCUGCCAUACACCAUCAUCGACGUGGGCUGUUGGUAUCAGGUCUGGGUUCCCAAAGUCCCAUCCGGCCGGUCCGAUCACGCGCACUCAACAUAUAUUGAUCAUCGGAUUGUGGGUGACGGCAAUGUGCGAUUCGCCUUGACCGAUAUGUUGGAUAUUGGCAAGUAUGUUGCUCAAAUCAUAGCGGAACCACGAACUAUCAACCGACAUGUGCUGGCAUAUACCGAGGUUCUGAGCAUGAACGAAAUCUGGGACGUCAUGGCAAGGGCCAGUGGAGAAGAGCCUCCUAAAGACUAUGUGUCGGAGGAGGAACUCCACGAUAUCAUUGCGGGGUGUCGGAAGAAGCUUGAGGCGAGCUCCAAACUCUUGUCGGACCCUAGCAAUAUCAUGGAUACGGCCAACUUCAACAUGGGCCAAUACCGACUCUCCUGGUGUGUCCUAGGCGAUAAUACCCCAGAAUAUGCCGAUUACCUUGGAUAUUUGAAUUUCUGGGAAUUGUUUCCCGAUUUCCCCAAAGGCAAACCCCUUGAGGCAUUCUACCAGGAAGUUCUCUGUGGAACAGUGCUCGACCUCACAGCUACCGCUCCACCUGAAGAUAAAUAG